GUUCCAUCAAGAGGUUAUAGGCAGCUGGAAGAGGGGAGGGAGUGGCCUUGCAUCCUUACAUCGGCAACCGGCCAAAGGCGGCAGCAGCCCUAUAAAAGCCCACGCUGGCUCUGCUGCCCACCAAGUCUGGCUUCUGACUCCGUUGCUGUUGAAGAUGACGUCACUGCGGAUAGCGUUCCUGGUGUUGGUGGGAUGCGUGGUGCCAGCUUACAUGCAGUUUGGAUCUAAUUGUGUUCACUGGUGCCGGACACCUGAAAAUCAAGUGUACUGUUGCAAGGAUACACAUGACACCCCGGCCUCUCCCAUCCAAGUGGUUAAUCAUGGACGCUGCCCUCCUGUUCGUCCUGUAUGUCCACCUGUCAGAUCCUUCAGUCCGCCCCAGAGUUGCUCCAGCGACAGCGACUGCUACGGCCAGAAGUGCUGCUAUGACAGAUGUCUUGAGGAACACGUGUGCAAACCUCAGCAUUAUGGACAUGGUGGGCACGGCGGACACGGCGGUCACGGUGGGCACGGAGGCUUUGGUGGGUUCGGCGGCGGAUUUGGUCGCUAAGAACCGGGAUGAAUUUUUCACUUUUCACUUGUUCUAUUAUUUCUUGAUCAAACCUCCAUGUUGGUAAUAGAGACCAAGCCAGGACAUCGAUUAAUGAUUUAGUAGAUUUAUUUUACAUUUUCUCGUGAUUGUUUUUAUAUGUGUUUGAUAUAAAAAAUUCUUUUAAUAAUAAAUACCUUUAAAAAGC